CAGAAAACUGAGCAGGUGUCGAGAAUGAACCAGGAUCAGGAAGUACCUGCCACCACGACGGAAUUGGCCAGGCUGACGAACGAGGAGUUCAACAGAGUAAACGAACCGCUUCAAACCGUAGCCACGGGAUACUGCCCUACUAAUUUUUCUGUGGCACAAGUGAACAACGAAGAAAAACUACACCCCGAAAAUGAAAUAUAUCCUACACAGGAAUAUAGACAAGAGCCUUGGCUUCAAGAUGGCAGUAGCUGCGAAACGGAAGACAGCGAGCAGUACGUGCCAGAAUUCCAUCGGAUGUCAAACGCUAGCGUGAAACAGGAGUCGGCUAAUUGCAGAAGAGUCACCGAUGCCAAUUACACAUACCAGGCAUCGGUGAGUCACUCACAGGGUAGCACUUUUUUGGAUCUCGACCCGGAUCGCAGUAAUUGCUUCGGAAGUACCAAACGGACAACUGAAGCCACGAAGAAUAUCGCUGUGGUGAAAGAAGAGCCAACGGACAGAGGGUACGGAGAUCCGAUCUCGGUGGCGAACAUACCCACGACGACGUCUCAAGACAGUCGAAACGGCAACAAUUUGGUCUAUCAGCAACAACAGCAAUACGCGAACGGAACCAGAGGUUCUCCAUCUCCUAACAGACCAGCCAGCAACUCCUCGGCUGCUUCCCAAUGGCAGUCGACAGUCUCGGCUUCGGGCGAGGCUUUCUUCCCUCGACAGGAGAAUUGGAAUUCGGAAGUGUACGGAAAAAGAAGUGUGACUCCCACGUGGACAGAAUUAGGAGUUCACUUAGAAGGUAGGAAUCCACCGUGGGAGAGACAGGGUGGAUGCUACCAGAAGAAAGGCUCUCCCAGUUCCUGGAGCACGGAAUAUAACGGGAAGAGGCCAUCGUCUGCCACGGGAGUGUCGCCUUGGAGCGAGAUGUCUGUUGGAUACCAACAGCAACGUCGAGGGUCUCUCCAAUUGUGGCAGUUUUUAGUUACUUUGCUAGACGACCCGGCAAAUGCACCUUGCAUCGCGUGGACCGGACGUGGGAUGGAGUUCAAGUUAAUCGAACCAGAAGAGGUGGCUCGAAGAUGGGGAGUUCAAAAGAAUCGACCGGCGAUGAAUUACGACAAAUUGAGCAGAUCGUUGAGGUACUAUUACGAAAAAGGAAUAAUGCAAAAGGUGGCCGGUGAAAGAUACGUGUACAAAUUCGUGUGCGACCCGGAAGCGCUUUUCAACAUGGCAUACGGGACCGGAGCCUCGUCCAGCGUUUCCAGCGAAGUACAAAACGGCGUUCGGAGCCAGUCUGCAAAGAUAUCUUCGAACGAGGUUUCCGAUUUAGGAAAACAUUCGUCCACUGGAUACGGCGAUGCAGUUCUCGCCAUGUAUUCCAACACUGCAGCCGUGUACGGACCAUCGAGUCUACAUCACCUGCACCAGUACCUCGGGAACGACGGAUUCAAGACGCCACCGAACAGGUACCACCCCCAUUAUUCGCACGAGUACAACAGUAGUCACCACCACCCGUCGUCGAGCUACGCAGAGACCUUCCUGAACUACGGACGCUUGUCGCACGACGUUCCGACCGUAUCCCGGAACCAGGAAUUGCCGAGGGUCUACCCUCAAGAAACGGAGGAUAUCACCAGGGAGCGAGAUUCAUCGAUCUUGUACGACGGCGUACAGAGAACGCAAUUACCGGCGGCUACUGCGAUUUCGCAACCCACCUUGCUGGACGCUACUACCACCAGCUCGAAGAUCGAACAAACUUCGUACGCCUGCCUCGGGGUAGGAAGCUGUGUAUGGUUUUCAGCCAUGGGAAAGAGCAAAGAGCCGGAAGAAUCGGCGAUGGGAUUCAAGGACAAGCAGAAGGCCUUGGACACGUUGAAGGCACUGGACGGCCGCGAUAUCAGUUAUCAGUACCACGUGAUUACGAGUUUCGUGAGUCGCACUAAAAGAACGCUGCAGAUCACCAGAGACGAGGAGAAAUUGGCGAACCUCCGCGAAGCAUUGAAAGUGUUCGAAGAUUGGUUGACCGAUUACAAGCAGAACAGUCGUGGCAAAGAAAACUUCGCCUACUUGCCUAUCGAAACUAUAAAAGGAUUCAGGACUCUCGCUAAGAAAUACGACGUCCUGGACGAGGAAUUUUACGAAGCGUACAAGAAGGAGAAGGGGGACUACAAGAGUCUGCGGGCCGUUAAGAUCCCGAGCGGGGAGCGCACUUGGGACAUCGAGAGGAACCGAAGGUUGAAACAGAUCACUGAUAAGAUCAAACAGGAGCACAUACAAUGGUACGAGACCGACGUGGGCGACUUCCGGGGACUCCCGACCAAGGAACACGUCCAGUGUAUCAUGCUGGGCUACAGCCCGGAACCGACCAAGUCGAAGAAACUCAUAGCUCAGGUAGAGGAGACCUUUGGAUCGGAAAAUAACGAGGAUAUGGAAAUCGAAAAUGAUAAGGAUAAAGGAACGAAGAGGAGGCACAGCAGUUCGUCUAGCGAUGAACCGGAGAAAAAAGUCGCCAAGCAAGAGGAGAAGCCCGAGAAAGAGGAAAACGGGCUCAGUUUCAAAGAUAAAGAGAAAGCUUUGCAGAGCAUCAAGUCGCUCGACGGCAGGGAUGUGUCUUAUCAGUAUCACGCGAUCGCCGGCCUCGUGAAAAGGGCCGAGCGGGUGAUAUCCUGCACAAAGGACGAGCAAAAGAUCGCGAACAUGAAAGAGGCCGUUCAAGUGUUCGAAAAUUGGAUCACGGAUUACAACGUGAAUGGUCGGGCGAAAGAGAACUUCAAUUACUUGCCCCAAGACUUGGUCAAGGCUUUCAAGCCGCUGGCCGAGCGCUACAAAAUCGAAGAUAAUGGAUUUUUAAAAGCGUACGAAGAGGUGGAGGGAGAUUACAAAAAGUUGAGAAACGUCCAAGUUCCAGACUCGAGCGUCACGUGGGACAUAGAGAGAAAUAAGAAUCUCCGGAGUCUGGUGCAGUGCAUCAAAGAAAAGAACAUUCAGUGGUUUGAGACAGACGAGGAACUUCGCGGUCUGCCCAGCGAGGAACACACUCGAUGUAUAAUGUGGGCUUUUAGCCACGAUGCCGCGAAACUCAAGAAACUUGUGCCUACGCUGGCUGAAAAGUUGAAACUCUGAACGAAGUUCUUUGCGACUCGUUUGUAUGUAUAGAUUUACAUACGUUGAAUUAUUUUUAUGUGUACAAAAGAAUUUAGUUAUAGUUUCGUUUAACGAUUGAUAAUAAAGCUAACUUAUUUUCCACAUC